AUGCAAAGAGAUAAUGCAGAAGUACAGACCAUACAAAGACUAAGCGCACAAGGACAGAUCACGCCAAAACAGAAUACACAAGAAUUGAAUGCACAAAGAGAGCAUAAAGAAGAACAGAGUGCGGAAGUCGCAACAGAAAAGAAUACACAAGGACUAAAUGAAAUUGGACAGAUUAUAAAAGUGAACACUGAAAAACAGAAUGAAAGAGAAACACACACAAGCACCAAAUUUUAA